CCAGCUUCUUCGGCUGUUCUUCUCAACGUCUUUCCGUCUUCCAUCCGAUCCAAGUCCUUCCCCCUCUUGCUCCUCCUCUCUCGCUUCCUCCGCAUAGUCUCGGUGUUCCCUCCUGUCUUCUUCCCAUUGCGUGACCGGGAACAUCCCUUCUAGACCGUCAGCCGCGUGCUCCCCUGCAGUGCAAGGCCCGCCCCUUCCAUCUUGACGUGGGCCACGAUCAUUGGCUUCUUUCUGUGCCCGGCCCUGGCUCUCCACCUGUCAGCCACUGUUCACCCGAGGUCUUGGACACCGACAUCUCUGCAGGCGCUUUUUGAGAACCAGGCAUACGCCACACCAUCUCCUCACUUUCCAUGGACGUUGGACACAAAACAAGUCUUUAGCCCAAACGUUGAGCCGGAUCUGCGGUCCCUCUCGUCUCUGAGUUCCGCCAACCAUAAUUCUUGAUCCUGCCUCGACCGGUUCUAGGCGCUCUUGUUUUGUCUAAGGCCCUCCCCCACCCCCCGAGAGAAACAAAGCAUCAGCCCAGAGAUGGCUGUCGUGCUUUUGUGAUCGUCCGACCGUUUCUAAACAAACCAUUCCCGUCCUCGUUACCUCUCUCCCAUUUUUACGCACAACAGCACCUCUCUCCCCCCCCCGGAUCGCCUAUACAAUCCCUGCAACCCCCGAACUUGCAGCAUACCUCCUCAACUCUCCCAUCCCCCCGUCGUUCCCGCCCCAGGGGUCUCCAUUUCCCGACUAACAGCAUGUGGAUUUCGGCUAUUCGCUUGACUGCACCACUCGUGUAACGACCCGUACUUCCCUGCGCAACAUUUCGUUCGACAUCCUGCGACCUUUUCAUUCGCUCUUUGUUGCCAACAACUCAUUCUUUUUACACCGAUAGCCUACCCUCAUAUUCUGGCUCGAUCGAGACCAUGGCUGCGGAGUCCGAGAGGCCGCCUUACCUUAAUGGUGCUUCUGGGUCCAAAGGAACCAAGGAGUCAGAGGCGGCAUCGGACACGGCGCAACGGUUGGCUGGAGUCAACAAUGACAUGAUGGAGGUGCCUCGUCCGACCAUUCAAACACAUGGACAGGCCAUGUCUCAAGUACCCAAACUGCUUCCUAAUCUUCCCAUCUAUUCCGCCCCGACGUCCACUUGCAACUCCGCCGUCUCCUCUCGCGAAUCCUCCCCUGUCCGAACCUCUUCGCGCAUCGCCAAUUCUCCUUCCACCAGCCGAGUGUCUUCGCAGACCCGAAAGGGUAAUCAAGACCGUGCGAGCCCAACUCGAGCCCCCAGCAACGGCCAUCCCUCCAGUCGAACCGUACCACCUUCUUCUGGCCAGCGCUCUUCGCCAGCACCCCAAACCAACCAUCCGCCUGUCCUCUCCCCUCCUGCUGCUCCCGAACCACCAGCCAAUGUUCCAAGUCCGGAAAAGCACAAUAUGCCAACAUGGGCGGGGAAUCGACGUAUCGAUCAAGAAUCGACUCCACCGAAUACUUCACAGAAACGAACCUCUCCUACGCCGUCGGAGGAUCAUGGCAAGGUCGACCGAAGCACCCCUCGGCCCACGACGAGAGUCGUCCCUGGACAAGGUCCCUCCCUGGAGACGGUUCAGGAAAUGGCCAGCAAUCCAUCCACUCCGUCCAGUGACACUGCUCUCCAGCCAACAACCCCGGACGACGCCCGAUUACACACAAUCGAUGAAGACCCAACUCCUCGAGCCUCCAGGCAGAAUACAGAAAGUGGCAGUGACAGCGGCGGUGGCCCAAGUUCGAGGGAGGAAAGUCACUCUCACACCGCAGGCACGGUCAAAAUGCCGGGGACUAUCAUGCCGAAGCGAUCAUCGACUUCACUCAGUGCUGGUGCGCGAGCGAAGCCUACGGACGGCUCGGUCCGCAACAUGAUUGUGGAGACGGAAACCGUGAGCUCAAUUCCACAGGUAUCGUUGGGUGUUGCCACUGGAGAGCGAGGCAGCACUAGUCGAGCCGAGCAGGGCACCCUACGGAUGAAACCUUCCACGGAGACGAUCCGACCCCGCAAAGAGAAGAAGAAACACCGGCGCGCCAAUCCCCUCACUACUGGGCCCGGAACCAGUAAGGCGGACAUUUUCGAGGCCAAGGUGGCCAGUGCCGUGGAUGAAGCCGAUGUUUCUGACUCUGACGAGACUUUUGUUUACGAGUCCAAUCCUCCUGACCCAUAUCCCCCUCGCCAAUCGCGAUAUCACUCUCGAACGCCUAGUGCGACAUCCAUGGCAAGUCAAGUCGACCAGCUGGCUGGUCGUGCUCGUGGCGCUAUCCGUGACGGCUCGCAUAGCGUUACUGUGAAACGCAGCAUGAAAUUUACAAACAAUACAUACAAUAGCAGUUUGGAUGGUGAAGCUGCGGAUGCCGAUGGAAGUCGAAACGCCGGCCGGGUCGAAGGGAGCGGCACUAUAACACCCCGUCACCAUCAUGUUGGGCGCCAUGGACGCAACGGGGCUUACCCGUCGCUCUUUGAUAAUGAUGGGCCGUUCCCUCAACCCCAAACGCAAUUGAAGUCGCCACGACACUUUAUUGGCAGCGGAUAUCGCCAUUCUCGAAACAGCAAUACGCGAUCCUCGCCCAACUAUAAGACCAUUGCAAACAAAAAGGCCGGCGAUGUAUACGACUUUGAUGCCGAGGGUGCUGAUGAUGAGCGCACACCAUUGGUAGGUGCAGCGCGGGUUACGCGUAGCCGCCAUGGGCGACGACCCAACAGUGCUAGCCUACGGCAGAUGGAGUAUAUGGCGCAACGGCAACGGGGUUGCUUCUCUCAAUAUGGCUCUUGUGCUAUAAUUCUCUUCCUCUUGCUCAUUAUUGCUGGGGGUGCAGCUUCCUUCAUUACCGCAGCGACCAAGACACUUCUCGACGUGCAGGUUGUUGCCAUUCAAAAUGUUCUGGCCUCUGAGCAAGAGAUUAUGCUGGAUCUUCAGGUCGAGGCGAUGAACCCUAACAUCUUCCCGGUGACGAUCGAGGACGCUGAUGUGAACAUCUUCGCCAAGAGCCGAUAUGUCGGCACAGAAAACACUUGGCAAAAGCAAUCCUCGGGUGCAGAGCUUUACCGGACCCCCCGAGUCCAACAGAGUCGACGCCGCUGGUACUUGUCUCAGCUAGUCCGGUGCCUUGGAAAUGCAGAUUGCGUCGAGGAAGCCAAGAACGGCAACUCGAAGGGGCAUAAUGACGGUGGUAUCGACAAAGGCACUGAUCCCAUCAGUGAUCCUGAGGGUGAUCCACAAACCAUGCUCUUGGGCCGCGUCUUCCGGUUUGACUCGCCUCUCUCUUUCGAGGCGUCUCCCUGGGGUCACUUGGUUUCUACCUCCAAGGGUCAGAUUCGGCUUGCUCGACCUGGAAACAAGACUGAAUCAGGCGGUACGGAGCGCUGGGAACGUGUUCUUCAGCAUCCGUUCGACCUGAUCGUGCGGGGCGUGGUUAAGUACCAGCUCCCACUUAGCGCGCGUUUCCAUUCCUCCUCCAUCAGUUCCACUGUCCGUGUUGUCCCCAACGACGACGACGAAUCUACGCCUAGCAAUGAAACAGCGCCUCACCUCUCCCUCACUAGGGAAACUACUCCCUCCUCCGGCCGCCUCAUCGCGGAACCCGAUGCCCAAUUCUAGCGUCAUACGGGAGUACCUCAAGGACAGUUUACGGCAUAAAACAAAAAUUCUGGAGUACCUCUUUUUAUUUCCAACAUUUUAGCGAUAGAUUGAUGUCCAUCACGACAGCACUCCCCAUUUUUCAUUAUAAUCCUUCUACAUUCUAUUUCUUUGUUCAGCGUAACGAGACGAAAACGAUCCACCAAAGCCUUUAUCUUAGGUCUUGUCUUGUCUCUUUGCCUUGCGACGCUGUAUACCCAUUCGCGAUGUCGCUGCUAUUGCUGAUUUCGUCAAAUGGCUCGCGGUUAUGCAGGAUCUGAGUGUUGUCUCUCAGAAUCCCUGCGCAGCCAUGCCCCUUUUCCAACACAUACCUUUUUCCUCCGGUCUUCGACUGCUAUCUGUACAAAUUUCUCGUGUUAGCGCGGAUCGGAUUGAGUUACUAUUUUUCACGAUCUGAGCAGUGGGAAUUUUUCCUUCCUAUUCCCCUGCUUGUUCUGGCUGUCAGCCGUUUCCUUGCUUCUUUCCCUUCAUGGAAAUGUAUCUAUAUUGUCUUAUUUGAUGCAUCUUUUAUAUAGAUGUAAUGAUAACGAACACUGGGAAUGACUGAGCUUUCAC